GGAAGAGUCGGUUGGGGGCGGGAGGGGGCUUGAGACGGGGUGCUGGGGGGUGCAGGGGGUCACAGGGGAAGAAGGGUACAGGGGCUGGGUAAAGGAGCGGAUGAGGUGGUCAGGACGGCCUUAGAGUUCAGGGUCCUGCAGGGUGAAGGUUGAGGAUAUCAGGGCACGGGGGAGAGAGAGCAGAAAUCAGACUGGGGUGCUGGGAGACGCGAGCAGGCUGCUUGUUAGCUGGGAGAUGAGGGUGAGGGUGAUGGACCAGAAUAAUUCCUUCAGGAAAAAAGCAGACUAGAAUGCAGGAAGGGAAUCUCAGGUGGGGGUGAAUUCGGGUGGGAGUGUGUGAGAAAGAUCUUGAAGGGCCCACUGUGCUCUAGGACCCUAGAGAGAGCAGGUCCGCAGGGAUGGACGCCGAGGGCAUGGGCAAGAGGGUAGUUGCAAGAAAGAUCUGGCUCUUGUGCGGGGGCAUCUAGGCCAUCUGGACUCCCAGGCAGUCCUGGGGAGGUGUCCAGCCCUACAUGUGGCCACAUUCAUCAGGGGCCAGGCCUUGGGCCAGCGCUCUGCUGGGAAAGGACCCGGGAGUCAUGGCCUGGUGGUGUCUGGGUGGGCUUCCCCAAGGCCUUGCCGAGCCAUGGCGAGAACUCUGGAGGCUGGGCUCGGGGCCUCUGCACGGUGUGCCUCCUUCGUCCUCUCAGGCCAGGAGCAGCAGGGACAGUAGAAACCUCAGGAGAAGGGGGAGCAUAGAAGGCUGGAGGCAGCAUCUAGCGUCUUCAAGUCACAUGGAGAUGUUUCAGCCCUCAGGUGUCUCUGGCUUGAUCCCCCCCUCCCACUUCCAAGCCCGGCCCCUUUCAACCGGGCCAAGGAUGGCUCCCACCUGGGCUUCAGACAUUCCCCUCGUCCAGCCCCAGGCCCGUCAGGAUGUGUCACAGAGGCGGCUGGACACCCACAGACACCAAGUGACCCUCUGGGAGCAGGACGUGUCCGGUGACGGGCAGGAGCCGGGGCGGAGAGGCAGGUCCCUGGAACUGGCAGGGUCGCAGGCCCUGAGCCAGCAGGCCGAGCUCAUCUCUCGGCAGCUGCAGGAUCUGCGGCGGCUGGAGGAGGAGGUGCGGACGCUGCGGGAGACCUCGCUGCAGCAGAAGAUGAGGCUGGAAGCCCAGGCCAUGGAGCUGGAGGCGCUGGCUCGGGCAGAGAAGGCCGGCCGGGCUGAGGCCGAGGGCCUGCGGGCCGCCUUGGCCGGGGCUGAGGUCGUCCGGAAGAACCUGGAAGAGGGAAGCCAGCGGGAACUGGAGGAGGUUCAGAGGCUGCACCAAGAACAGCUGUCCUCCCUGACCCAGGCUCACCAGGAGGCCCUUUCCAGCUUGACCAAGAAGGCCGAGGGCUUGGAGAAGUCUCUGUGUAGUCUGGAGGCCAGGAGGGUAGGGGAGGCCAAGGAGCUGGCCGGGACGCAGCGGGAAGCCAAGCUGCUUCGGGAACAGCUGAGCAAGACCCAGAAAGAUCUGGAGGCUCACAUGACUCUGGUUGAGAAUCUACGGAAAUACGUGGGAGAGCAAGUCCCUCCCGAGACCUGCAGCCAGGCCUGGGAGCCCGAGCGGCAGGAGCUUCUGGAAACCAUGCAGGGGCGGCCGCUCUCCCUCUGCCCACAGCACUUGCAGCAGGACCGGGACGGGCUGCACUCGACCGCCGAGCUGCUGCAGGUGCGCGUGCAAAGCCUCAUGCACAUCCUCACCCUGCAGGAGGCGGAGCUCACCAGGAAGGUUCAACCGUCGGAUUCUCUGGAGCCCGAGUUUGCUAAGAAGUGCCAGUCCCUGCUGAACCGCUGGCGGGAGAAGGUGUUUGACCUCAUGGUGCAGCUCAAGGCCCAGGAGCUGGAGCACAGGGACUCUGUGACGCAGCUGAAGGGACAGGUGGCUGAACUCCAGGAACAAGUGACAGCCCAGUGCCAGGAGCAGGCCAUCCUGCAGCGCACCCUGCAGGACAGAGCCGCAGAGGUGGAGGUGGAGCGGUUGAGUGCCAAGAGCCUGCAGAUGGAGCUGAGCCGGGCUCAGGAGGCCAAGCAUCGGCGGCGGCAGCAGACAGCCUCGGCCGAGGAGCAGCUGAAGCUGGUGGUCGAUGCUAUCAGCAGCUCCCAGGUCUGCCUCCAGAGCACCAUGGCUAAGGUGGAGCAGGCGGUGGCCCGGCUGCCCAGCCUCAGUAACCGACUCAGCUAUGCCGUCCGCAAGGUCCACACUGUCCGCA